AUAGAAGUUGUGUCUGUGGUACUGAGUGGUCAUAUCUUGAGUUUUUCUGCACCGGAAACUGUAAGUCACUGUUUCUGUUUUUAUUUCUGUGAGAGACUUAAAAAACUGAUAACUAUUCGAUACUGAAUUAUUUAAAUUGUUAUGAAUGAAGAUAGUAUUUUUACUAGAAGCGAGUGUAUUGUUAGGAUUUGUAAUUUGAUAUUUGCUUUCAGUCAUUAUUUAUAACCAUUGCAUUUCGGAUUCAAGAAAUCAAGAUAUAAAUCUUUUAUAUUUUAAGUGUUUAUACCAUUCAAAGAAUUUUUUAAAGUCCAGUCAUAGUGUUUAUUACAACUUUGUGAGGAAAACAAAUUUUGUUGUGAAGAAGUUGAUUAAUUUUUGAGCUGGAAUUAUGUCACGUCGUGAUUAAAUGUAAAUGAAUGAAACUCGUGCGACUUGUUUUUUGUAAAAUCUGAUUUCCCCUUUUUUGUUGUUUGUGGAAAAGUAGGAAAAUGACUUAGAACCCGUAAAACAUGGCCCAUAAUCAACGUUAGCAGCUAAGUACUGAUUCGGCAGAAAACUAGAUUGUGUCCAAUGAUUUUGACAGAAUGUUAUUAUGUGUGGCUGGUAGUAGUGGUGCAGAAUUUAGAAGAGAUCGGCCUCAGGCUGGAUCACGUUGCAGUUCUCAAAGUUUUCUUAUCAAAAGUAAUGCAAACCAGCAGGUCAUGGUAGAAGAACGAUGUUCUAUGACGAGUUCUGCAGCGUCAAAUGAUCACGUAGCAGCUCGCGCAACCUUGUCUUUGCAUUUGAAGUCAAAUAAAGUUCCUGUUAACUCACACAGUUGUUCUAAAGAAUCAAGUGUGGCCUACAAGAGUCGGGUUAUCGUAGUUAGUGGAGAAGGCGCGACUUUUAGUUCGUGUUCCGAUAAAGGCGAGACGUGUUCGACUACGACUACUUUUAAAUCGAACGUUGUUAAUGGAAAAAGAGGUACAAACACGAUUCUAGUGCGUUAUAAGCCUUCGAAACCUGUCUCGGAGGAUUCCGACGAUGAGCUUCAAUUUGAAUUUUCUGCUAAAGAUGAUGAUGCAUAUCCAACUGCUCUCAGCUCAUCUCCUCCCUCUAGUGCUUCGUCAGAGAGCUCUUCAAUUAAAAAAGACAAACCUUCAAUCAGUGCUUGGGCACAGAUUAUGGAAUUAGAGGGUUACCGAAGCCCUGCUGUUGGAUUGGAUAAUGGUCCUUCUAAACGCGUUCCAUCCGAAAGUGAUUCCAUUAGCAAUUUUUCUUCUUUAUCGGCUGAAUCCUACAGAAGUGAGCUUUCGAAGCCUUCCGAAAGUUCUUAUUCUUAUGAGCGUCAAACAGGAGACGAGGGACGUUUUAAGAAGCACAAUAUUAUAAGUAUUGCAUCAAAAUGUUCUCCUUCAAAUGUAAAUGAUUCAGCUGAAUCAUGCGCAGAAAAUUUAAAUAAUCGAUAUGUAAAAGAUAUAAGCUUAAAUCCAGAUGGCAGUAAUCAAAUGCAAAUUUUAUCUAUGAGACCGAAAGGUUUUGUGCCAAACCGAUAUAGCGAUACUGUUAAUAGUGUUUCAACUAAUGAUUCUUCAGGAGUUCCCCAACUACAUAAUAAAAUGCCUCCAAAAUGUAAGUCAUCCAUGUAUAGAUCUGAAUCGUCGCGAGUAUCUAAACUUCCUUCACAAGAAAAGUAUAAGUAUAGAAGAAAAACUUUACCUGAUGGAAAUUUAUCUCUAAAUGCUUCAGAUGCAGCGUUAAAUAAGCCCGAUUCUGUUGUUAAAAAUCAAAAGAGCCCAGAGCAUGACCCAAAUGCAUCGUGGGGGCGAUAUAAUUCACGUGCAAUGAGAGAUUCUGUGAGAAAAGUUGCGGAAAAAUAUGCGGAAACGGUAUAUAUGAGACGGCAAACUCGAUCACAGUUGGAUUCGUUACCCGAGUCCAAACGUGUUGAGAUGACAAGAUGUAUUGCUCAUUUGAAUGAUCAUGUUCAUGCGCACGUAUCUAGACGAGAAUUGCCUUUUCAAAAUCACCUGUAUCUUUCAAAGAGAGCUAAUAGUACUUCCCAUUUGCAUGAAAUACCUUCUGAGAAAGAAUCCUCAAAUCGAAACAGGCUGCAUUUCGUUAUGCCAGCAUCCCUUCGUCAUGAUCAUGCUUCUAUGCAUGCGAUAAAUAAUUGUCAUAAAACUGUAGCACAUUACAAACCGAAAGAAUGGAAAAUGAAACAUGACCAAGAUGAGGAAGCUAAUUUUAUUUCAAGUGAAAAUUCCAAAUUGAAUUCUUCUAUUGAUGAAGAUUCAUUAAAUUCGGUUGACGUUUUCAAAUUACUUCCAGUUAGUGAUUUUAAUUAUGAAAACAUUCAAAAUUCAUCUUCCGACAAAGUUGCAAUUGACAGUGAUUUUAGUAAUAAUAAUCUUAAGGAGGAUAAAUGUCGAAGUAUCUUGUCUCAUACUAAAAAAUACCUUUGUAGUAAUCCCAUAACAUCUUCUCAAAGUAUUUCAUCCAUUGAAUGCAGAAUUUCCUCUGCGGAUGCUAAGCCUUUUCAAGUUUCAGUUCGAAUGCAAGAUGUAAAAUCAAAGCUUUGUGCCGACUGUGCCCAAUCAACCGAAUUAGGACCUCCUAACAAACAGUCUGCAUGCCGUGCGAAACACCACAUAUCUGAUGCAUGCCUCCACCAAGACGUCAUGGUUUCUCAAAUUUCUUUAUUGAAAAGAGCUCCUCUGGUUAUAGAUGAAGGAAAUUCGAGCCCUCCAUUAUACUUGCGUCCAGCAAAUUCUAAAUUUAGCAAUGGUCCUAGAAAAUGUACUAUGUUGUCUGCUCGUGAAAUGGAAGAACUAGUUCACGGAAAGGAAAGUACUGAUUCAAAAUUAAACCAAGCUGGAGUUGCAAGUAAAGUCAGUAAUUGGAUUCAAAAACAAAAAGACAAAAGGAAACCAGUGUUUUUUAUCGGCGAUUCUCCAUCUUUUUAUAAUGAAAAAGUAAAUGAAAAUAAUUCUAUAACAACUUCUAAAUAUCCUAGUCACAAAUCCAGGCGUUCAUUAUCUUUAUCUAGUGUUAGAGAAGGGGAAGCAUCUAGAAAUAUUAGUGACAAACCAGAUACUUCAGACCUCGCCUCUUUGACCAAUGGUGAGGAGACGGCUUUGAAACCAAAUGAACAUAAAGGUUUGUUUAUUAAAAGGACUUCCAGCAGUUGCAGCAAUAGAGGAUCCAUUCGCAGGAAAGACCGUCAGGGUUCACCGGCGGGAGAGGAAAAGGAAUUCAUUAAAAACUGCCAUUGCCACCAUAAUCAGGCUGAUGGAUGUAUUACGUCAUGGGGUAAUCGAAUUCAUAGGAAGCCUAAAAAUUGUUGUCAUAAAGAACUUUUCUUCAAUAAUGACCUGAGCGAUAAAAGUUAUACUGAGUCUCUAGGUCAGUCAGAAGAAAAUCAGUGUGACUCGGAGAUACCACAACAAAAAUCUUCUAUCUUUAAAAAAAACACAGGAACCUUGGUGUCAAACAAUUCUAAAGUUUCGAGUGAAAAAUAUUUUUCUACUUCUGAUACCUUGAAUUUGCAUGUUACUAACAAUAACUUGAUAUAUGGAGAUAGUCUUGACCCUUCGCUACUUGGAGGCCAAGGUUCGAGACAUUCGUAUUCAGUUAUUUCAACUCAUAAUUCAGAUCUGUCCGAGUUAGCACGUCCUGAACGUUCAUCUUCAACUAAAAAAUUGCUCAAUUUUAAACAGAUCACGCGAGCUCUUUCCUUGCAUUCUUUGAAAAAGAAAACUAAAGAAGUUCCAGUGUGUUCAAAUGCAGCUGCUCAGUUACCUGUUAUUUCUCUUUCUAAAUGGUCCCGAGGAAGCAAACGUAAAAUUGAAAAUAUGAAGUAUGGAUCGCUGCGUAAAAGUCUGUCUUAUUGUGAAUUAACAGCCCGAGGGGCUAAAGUGUCUGGCAAACUUGACUUUCCCAUUAAGUCAUUCAGCAAGACUAAAAUUUCUGUUCAAAAGCCUCCUUCGAGACCUGCUAGUUGUGCUUGUGCUUCAUCACUUCGACGAUCAGUGUCAUUAUAUUGGCAAUUUCCUUUGCAAAAAACGCAGGAAUAUACUAUCGAAAGUCCAAAAAGUGAUUUAUUGGCCAAAAUAUGUUUUUCUCGUUUGCAUCGUCGGAACACUGUCCUGCCUUUUCUUCGAGAUGUGAAAAAUAAGAGACCAGAAACAGGUGAAAAUUCUAAGCACCAUCAUUUAAAUGGUGAUACCAGGAAUUCUUUGUUGGAUUACAAACAUCCGGGUACCAGUCGGCCAUGUGUUUUGCCUCAUUUCACUGGAAUUGAUCCACAUAUUCUAAGGAAAAGAACUGCAUCUACAUCAGAUUAUUCUCCACAAACGAACGAUUUACAACGUCCAGUAGUUGUUGAUUGCUCCAUAACAAGAAAUAACGGCGACUCGAAAACUCUUGAUGGAAAACAAGAUCUUAGAACACCUCCAGAUACUGUAAAUCCGGAAGACCAGCAGAAAAACCUGACUAGUCUCGAUCAGAUUUGGCGAGCCAAUCCUGUAAAAUUGUGCAGAGUGCAUUCUCGGUUACUUAUGUGCCGUCAUAAGGGCCGGUAUCGUCUCAGACGUUCCAUUAGUCAACCCGUGGAACUUGAAAUGUCGGGCUCUCUGCAUAACCUAAGGGAGUCUACUCAUGGUUCUGCUGAUCAUGAUAGCUUUCAGAAAGGUAGUUUAUCAUCGGAGGAUGAAGCUUCUUCAGAAAGUGAUAUAUAUCAUAGUUACUGUUGCAGUCCAACUCGUAGAUCAAACACUUGUUGGGAGCUUUCAGCUGAUGGUACUAUGUAUGCUGAAGCCUUGUGGGAUCAUGAAACUCUUGAUUCAGAAGAAUUACCAUUCCAAGCUGGCGAUAUUAUAGAAGUUACAGAUACAAGUGAUCAAGAUUGGUGGUGGGGAACCAAGGAUGGACAAGGAGGGUGGUUUCCAUCUGCUUUUGUUAGGCUAUAUGUGAGUCACCGAGGUCCUUCCCUUCACUUCAAUGGGCAGCAGUCAGAUGGUAUUCAGAUUCCUUAUUCACCUUGUAAAGUUAGCAUGAAUAACCUAAGUUGUGAACAAGUUCGGGCUAAUAUAGUUCAAGAAAUUGUUGCUACUGAAAGAGAUUAUGUGAAACAUUUAAAAGAUGUUGUUGAGGGCUAUUUAAAGCAAGUUCAUAGACGCCCAGAUAUGUUUAGCAAAGAGAGAAUUGAAACGGUAUUUGGAAAUAUUAAAGAAAUUUAUACCUUUCAAAGCCAAUUCCUCAAAGAAUUGGAAGAGUGUUUGGAUAAAGAAUCUCCUCACUUAAGCCAAAUUGGAAAUUGUUUUUUGAACCAUAAAGAAGAGUUUAAAAUAUAUUCCCAGUACUGUAAUAACCAUCCAUUGGCUGUUAGCGAAUUGCAAGAGCUUUAUUGUGAUUCUCAGUAUAUCCAUUUUUUUGAAGCUUGUCGUCUUCUGCAAGAAAUGAUAGAUAUUUCACUAGAUGGCUUUUUAUUGACUCCAAUUCAAAGAAUUUGUAAAUAUCCGUUACAACUGGCAGAGUUACUGAAAUUUACUGAUGAAAAUCAUCCUGAUCAUGUUCCUGUUUCAAAUGCAUUAGCUGCAAUGAAAGAAGUUGCUGAACUUGUAAAUGAACGCAAACGGCGAAUGGAAUGCUUAGAAAGAUUAGCUGAGUGGCAGAGUACAAUUGAAGGAUGGGAGGGUCCUGAUGUUCUUGAUACGAGUUCAGUACUUAUUCAUUGUGGAGAGGUCACUAGAGUUUCAUCUUCAUGGUCACGAGAUAUUUAUUUGUUUCUAUUUGAUCAUCAGCUUAUAUAUUGCAAAAAGGAUCUAUUGAAACGACAUACAUAUGCUUACAAGGGCCGAUUGAAUCUUGAUCACUGUGAUAUUGUUGAUAUUGAAGAUGGCAAAGAUUCACAGUUUGCUGUUAAUGUAAAGAAUGCAUGGAAAAUUUACUGUAAGGACAAAGAAAAAUGGUAUUUGUUUUAUGCUAAGACAUUCCCAGAAAAAGAGCAAUGGUUACGCGCUUUUAAAGCGGAGCGACAACGGGUUAGUGAUGAUGAGAAACAAGCAUUUGUUGUUACGGAGGAAGCCAAGAGAAGUGCCAGACUAGCUGUACAUAACAAGCACAAACCUAAACGACCAAGAGCAAAAUUUACAAAAGGUCGACGCUGCCAUCCUGACGUUGCUGUUACAGAGCUUCUUCUUGAUUCACCAAAUGCCAAAUCUCGCAGUGGAAGCCUUCCUUCAAAUAUUCAUCCUGAACUAGCAAUCAUGGCUGGUGCUAAAUUAGGUCCCACAAGGAAAAAGGGAUCUGGCUGGUUUCACUUUGGAAGCGGCAAAAAACCAAAGAGUUAAAGUUUGCCUUUAAUUCAGAAGACUUUGCAGCUUAGGUGCCAUACAGUUCUGUCGUACUUACAACACGUUUACUAUAUGUAGGAGUUAAUUAAUAUUCAGAAGUACUGCCAACAGUAAAUUCUGGUGAAGGAUUCUAAACUUUUAAAAGAAUGGACUCUAGUUUUGCAGUCAAGCUACAGAUUACGAUGAGCAUCAAUCUUUUAUUUAUUUAUGUCUGAAUUAAAUUUUCACUUGUCAGAAACUUCUAACAGAAAUUGUCUUCAAAAUAUUAUUGUAUGUCUGUACUAAUUUUGUUGGUACUUUGCGCUACAAAAAAGGUGUUUUUUUUCACGCAUUUGAGAGUGAUAUAUGCAUACAAUCUUUCCAUUGAUUGUUUCAAUCUUCUUUUUUAUCAUGAAGACAUUAAUAUUCAGCAUUAAUUACAUAAAAUAAUUUAAAACCUGGUGGAAGCUUUAAAAUAGUGUUUUCAGCCAGGCUGUUUAAUUAGAUAUUUAUGCAUUGAUUAUUUUAGUAACUUAUUAAAUAUACCUUUUUUAUCUAUAUAUUCUUAAGAUAUUAAGAGCUUUUUUUUUUCUUAUGAUGCAGAGAAAAAAAAAUAUGAUGUAACAACUGUUUUCAUUUAACAGAUGGAUCUGGGAUUCAGUGUCUUACAGCAUAUUUUAUGCUGUUCUUGUAAGCGAUUUAAAGCAUAUCAACUCAUUGUCCAUUCUCCUUUUUUAUCUCUUCGAGUAACUGUUGCAUGUAUGUGCUGAAAUGUGUGCAAGUAUAUUUGCCUAGAAGUUAUGAACUGUAGGAUUUAAAAAUACAAUUGUCUCAUCAACAAAACUGUUUCUUUUGAAAAUUCAGCUUGUUUUUUGAAUUUCAGUAUUUUGAUCUCGCAGCUUUACAUUUUAAAUAAGAACAGACCAUACACUUAUUUAAGUGAAUCUUUUUUAUGCUUCUUAACACUUGCUGUAGUUAAUGCAUGAAUAUUUUAGGUACUUAUAAUUUCUCUAUUAAAUAAGAAUAAUUUUAUUAUUGUUGUAAAUAAUAGUAUAAAUAUUUAUGGGAUUUGAGAUGUCUAUUAAUAUUAAAAGGAAGAGUUCACUCAAACACAUAUUGUUGUACCUGUUUUUCUAAAGAUAUAGAUUGAAGGAAGUUAAUACAUUUUUUUUUUUUUUCAUGAUUGUCGUUUUCAUUUGCCAUAGAAACUUAAUUCAUUGAUAAUAAUAAACUACAAUUUAAGAAAUAAUUUAGCUGUAAGCUAACCUCUGAUGGAGAUAAAUAUUUGCUUUCAGUUUCUUCCCUUGCAACCUGUUAAAGUUUUGUGUGAUAAUUUCUUUUAUAGCGAUUUAUGUUAUGAUAAGUUUAUCAAUAUAAAAUGUAUUGAUGAUAGCUACUUAUUAAAAAUCAGUUAAUCUUAUAGUUGAAAUCGAACAUACUGCAACAUCCUCUGUUAUUAUAUGAGAAUUUGAGUAUUGAUAUUUAAAAAAAAAAGAAUAAAAAUCUAUGUAAAUGAAUUAAUUACUGUGGAGUUUUCAUCUUACCUUUUCAUAGUAUUAGCAAAUUAAUGCUGCUUUAUAACCUGUUCAUUAAAACACGAUUUUAAAUCCUGUAUAAUAUAAAGUUGUUAAUUGUUUACUCAAGAAUACAAUCUUUAGUAUUAUUUUACAAUAUGUAUCAAAAAGGUAAUAGUUUUAUAGAAUAAAUUAUAGAACUUGUUGCGAGGAUUGAAAUUUCAAAUAUUUUAUAACAUAAUAACCUAAGAAUUUUAAUUGACUGGUUCAUUCUUCACAUGCUAUUACUACUUAACUGAUUUGUAUUAUAAAAGGAAACAUCAGCAUUCUGACUGAAUUAAUCAUUUGAAACCCGUAUCUUAGUUGGAAACUUUUCCCUGUUUGUAUUGAAAGACAUAAAUACAUAUCUUUGUUUCUAUAAUUGUUUUAAAUGCCCGAUUUAGAAAGUAUACAUAUAUGAAUUUCUUAACAACAAUGUUUGAACUACACCCAAAAGAAACUUUUGGACUGGAUAUUAAAAUACUUCUGAUAUACUACAGAUUUUAUUUGCAUGCAAUUAAUAUAUGUGAUUAAUAAUUGAAUUCAUCUCAUACUGUAGUGCUGCAAAGCAUGUGCUGCAUGUGAUUUUUGUUGUACUUUGCUUCUUAUUAGGGGAAAGUUGCACGAUUUGUAUAAUUUUUGCUGUCAUUUUCGUGUUCAUUGAUGUGACAUAAACUGCAAUGUUUUGCCUAGUCCAAAGCAUCCUGCUGGUGUUUUUAAAUGUAUAUCUGUACAGAUUGUAGUGGGCGAGAUAAAUGGUCUUGAAUAUAAUUUUAAAAAAAAAUGGAAAACAUUUUUUUUUGUAAACUUCACUGUAUAUAAUCAUCACCUAUAUUGUUUUUCUAUCCAUAUUAAUGCCCCAGAGUUUUCUUACAUGCAAUUGUGAUAACACUGAAUGGCACAUAGUCGCAAAACUCAGUUAUGUUAAUGUUAUUGUUGGUUAAGAAUAAUUCUGGCAUUUUGAGGCAUUUAGUUUUGAAGCUCAAACCGUCUUCAUUUACGUCUUUUCUGACGGUUUAGUAAAAUAUUUAUUUAGUUGGAACUCUAUUUUUCUUCAAAUAUUUAAAUCUUUUUACGUGCAAUUAUACUGUCAAGUUUGAGAAUCUUGCAUAUUUUUUUACUGUCUAACAAAAAUACAUGCGCAUUUAUUAAAUGUCCAUGAUCUUUCAUAUAUAUUUUUAUUAUAUGACAAAUUUUGACGCCAUCCCUAUUUUCAAAUUUGCAUCCUAGAAAUACUGUAAUUUUUUAGUAUUACCUGUUUUCAAAAGAUUUUUUUUUUUUUUUUUUUUUUUUUUUUUUUUUGUAUUUUACAUAAUUUAAUAGUUAUGUAGCUGUAACUUAAUAAAUCUUUUAAAUUUGUUACCAUUGGAAACUGACUCCUAUGGAUACUGACUCGAUACACAUUCAAUUUCAAUAGAAAAAUAAUAAUUGUAAUAAUAAUUUAUUUUAUAAUUUUUAUUUUGUACAGUCCUUUUAAUUUAAAUAUUAGUUAACUUCAUUAUAGGCUUAUUAAGCAAAUCUUGAGCUUUUACAAAAAUUAAUUUAGAUUCCAAAAUUUUUAUGACCAUGUGAAUGUAUCAUCUUUGUUAGCAUUUUACUUUCAUUACUUUAACUUAAAUUUUGCCAUUCAUCUAAAAUGGUUAAAGAAAGAUGCUUUUAAUACCUUUGAACCGAUGUAUUUAAUGUUGCGAAUUACUACUGAGCAUUUCUAAGGAAGCUGAAACUAAAUUAAUAGGUUGGAUAUCAGUUUUGUACAUACAUAUUACUAAUGUAUUGUAAAUAUUUGUUUCUUUAUGCUUCUUUUCUGUAAAAUUUGAUUCGUAGUUUUAUGAAUAAAAAUGCAAGCUGUUUUAAAAUGUUGGUUAUCAAUUAUUGGCGAUUAACAUUGCAUUGUUUGAAAAUUUUAAGAAAAAUUUAGAAAUUGUCUUAGAAAUAUGUUUGUAUAUUUUUUCUUUGGUACUUUUCGCUAUUGUUUGCAAUUGAACCCAACUGUUUCCAUCAAGGACUUAAGUUUUGAAAAUUGCAGUAGCCUUCGUGAUUCAGAAAGAAAUAUGAAGAAAUGUUAAAUGGCUUUUUCAAAUAUAUUGUAAAAUUAUAUGUUUAGAUGUAUAAAUUAUUUAUAAUGACUACUUUGGUGUACUGGCUCAUGAAUUGUGUAUAUAUAUAUAUAUAUAUGUGAAGUUAUUUAAAGAUGGCACAUGAAUUUUAAUAGCAGUUUAUCACAUUUCCCCAAUAGAUUUCUGCUUGUAACAUAUCAUUUCAUAUU